AAACAAAGAUGUUUUUUUUUGUUUUUUCACCUUUUAUUUGAAUUUUUAGUUUUUUCCGUCUGCUCUUCAUUUCCUCCAUCUGGCAAACGUCAUUACAGUAUAACAAACCAAAAAUCGUCAACAAGAAAAAAUAUCAACAUUACACAAAUUGAUUUGCAUUCAUGCAAUAACUAGCAUGGAUUACGAUUUUAAAGUUCGAACGAGCGUAGAACGUACCAAAGUAGAAGAUCUGUUUGAAUAUGAAGGAAGGAAGAUUGGUCGUGGUACUUACGGUCAUGUGUAUAAAGCAAAAAGAAAGGAAACAUUCGCCACUUCGGAUAUUAAUAAACUAAUUAGUGCUGACCAAAAGGAAUAUGCAUUAAAGCAAAUUGAAGGCACUGGUCUUUCCAUGUCAGCUUGUCGUGAAAUAGCCUUGCUCAGGGAGUUAAAGCAUCCUAAUGUGAUCAAUCUUCAACGAGUAUUUCUUUCCCAUACUGAUCGCAAAGUUUGGCUUCUUUUUGAUUAUGCAGAACAUGACUUAUGGCACAUCAUUAAAUUCCACAGAGCAGCCAAAGCAAAUAAAAAGGCAGUUUACACUCCUAAAGCCAUGGUAAAAUCUUUGCUAUAUCAAAUCUUGGAUGGGAUUCACUACUUGCAUUCUAACUGGAUCCUUCAUCGUGAUUUGAAACCAGCCAACAUCUUAGUCAUGGGAGAAGGAAUUGAAAGGGGAAGAGUUAAAAUUGCCGACAUGGGUUUUGCUCGUUUGUUUAAUUCACCACUGAAACCUUUGGCUGAUUUGGACCCUGUAGUUGUGACUUUCUGGUAUCGAGCACCAGAACUGCUUUUAGGAGCUAGGCACUACACAAAAGCUAUUGAUAUUUGGGCUAUUGGAUGUAUUUUUGCUGAACUACUAACAUCAGAACCAAUUUUUCAUUGUCGUCAAGAAGACAUUAAAACUUCCAAUCCCUAUCAUCACGAUCAACUCGAUCGAAUUUUCAACGUAAUGGGAUUUCCACAUGACAAGGACUGGGAAGAUAUUAAAAAAAUGCCUGAACAUCCUACACUUCUCAAGGAUUUUAAACGUAACAACUAUCAAACAUGUUCCUUGAUGAAGUAUAUGGACCGGUAUAAAAUUAAAGCCGAUACUAAAGCUUUUCAUUUGCUUUCCAAACUUUUAAUGAUGGAUCCUACUAAAAGAUUCACCUCAGAAUCUGCCAUGGCUGAUCCUUACUUUCAGGAAGAUCCUUUACCUACUUCAGACGUCUUUGCUGGUUGUCCUAUUCCGUACCCGAAGCGAGAAUUUUUGAGUGACGAAGAGCAAGAUGACAAAUCUGAUAGCAGCAAGAUGAUUGCUAAGAAUCCACAGGGUCAGAAUACUGCAGCGAAUGCCCCCAAUGACCAGUCUCAUGGUCCUAAUGCAAAACGAGUACGGUUGGCUCCCCCACAUCCUGGAAACAAUGUUGGUGGAUCCAACAUGUCAGGAGGCCCACCAGAUUUCCAUGGUCAACAUGUUGGACAGCAACCCCAUGUACAGCAGCAUCCUUCUGCACAGCAACAACAACAACAGCAGCAGCAGCAACAACAACAGCAACAACAGCAGCAGCAACAACAACAACAGCAGCAGCAGCAGCAACAACAGCAACAGCAACAUGCUUCACAAUCGGGUAAUUCUAAUCAUGGCCAUGGCCAUCACCCUCAGCAUCCGUCACAACAAGGCAACAUGCAAGGAGGUAUGCAUCCGAACUAUUCCAAUCAUCCUGGCCAUCCUCAACAACAGUCGCAUCCUCAGCAAAACAACUCAUUUAAUCAAAGAUUCUGAUGCUCUUUUCAUCUAAUACUAGCAACUUAUUGUAUUUUGUCUUCAUUUUGAAUUCGUAAAAUAAAAUAAAAUGCGUACA